GGAGAGCGGGAUUCAAACUUGUAGGCGCAAGUUGAAGAUGAUCUCUGCCGCGGAGGUGGAGCCCACUACCGUCUAUGAUACACGUGUCAGACACAAGAGGCAGCCGGCAUCCACCACAUAAUGCUGCUCUAAAUCAUUCUGUCGUUGUCUCUCUCUCUCUCUUCCCCCGCAAUUUGAUCAAACGAUUCUCUUUUUUUUUUUGGGAGUAAAAAAGAUAAUCGAGAAGGAGAGCGAAACCAAACUUUCUCUUUUCUUCCUCCCUCUCAAUCUGUUCAUAUUCUUGCUGAUUCUCAUUAAAUAACUAGAAAGUAAAUAAGAAAAAAAAACCGUUUGUGACGAUUGUAGUCAUCCCAGUCCGCCGCGUUUCAGCUAGAAUCGCAGAGUUCCCUGCGAAAUCCCCCAAACCCAAUUACUAGGGUUUUGUUUUUCUUCUUAAAGGUCCUGAAUUUUGACAAAAUUACCAUAAUUGUCUGUUUUCUGGGGCUAUAUAGGGAGGAUUCUGGUUAGUGGGUUUGAUUAUACUGUUGAGGAGAGACAUAGUUUCAAUUGCUGCAAGAAAAGAAAAAUAAGGGAGGAGAAAUAUGAGUUUUCAAGAUCUAGAAGCGGGUCGUGGAAACGGCUUGCGAAGGGGGUACGUCAAUGGUAAGCAGGACCCGACGCAGGCGGUGGCGUCCGGAAUUUUUCAGAUCAACACGGCGGUUUCCUCAUUCCAGCGCCUGGUUAAUACUCUGGGGACCCCCAAGGACACGCCAGAGCUUCGGGAAAAGCUGCGUAAAACUCGGCUACAUAUUGGGCAGCUGGUGAAGGAUACCUCAGAUAAACUUAAACAAGCUAGUGAAAUAGACCAUCAUGUUGAAGUCAGUGCAAGCAAGAAAAUCACGGAUGCCAAACUUGCAAAAGACUUUCAAGCAGUACUGAAGGAGUUUCAAAAGGCGCAGCGGCUUGCGGCUGAGAGAGAAACUGCUUAUACUCCAUUUAUUUCCCAAGCAGUUCUUCCUUCUAGCAGCUACUCAGCUAGUGAUGUGGACAUCCGUGCAGAUAAGACCCCAGAACAGCGAUCACAGCUUUUGGAAUCUAGAAGGCAGGAGGUUGUUCUGUUGGACAAUGAGAUUGCAUUCAAUGAGGCAAUCAUAGAGGAAAGAGAACAAGGAAUAGAAGAAAUACAACAACAAAUUGGUGAAGUAAAUGAGAUUUUCAAAGACCUUGCAGUACUUGUUCAUGAACAAGGAACUAUGAUAGAUGAUAUUGGCUCCCACAUUGAGGGUGCUCAUGCGGCAACUGGACAAGGAAAAUCCCAACUUCUCAAAGCAGCUAAGAUGCAGAAGUCGAAUUCAUCCCUGACCUGUUUACUGCUAGUGAUAUUUGGCAUUGUGCUUCUCAUAGUGGUCAUAGUACUUGCCGCUUGAUUGGGAUCUUCUAAAGCUAUGGAGAAUCCGCAGGGAUGGUUCAAGUAUUAUUGGUUGAUUGUUGCUGUUUAAAGCACUUUGCUAUGUAUGCAAGGUGUUGUGGGUGUUUAAAGUGUGUCUCAUCUUGAGGUGACUUUUGGACGAAGUUUACAUGGUUGACUACCAAUUUGGUUGUGGUGGAAGGUUUGGUAUUGUUUUGUUUCUUGUAAAUUCUUUUGGUUCUGCUUGUGUUGCUUUGAUCACAAUCUCCCAAUUCAUUAAAUGUCAGUUAUCAUGCUUGGGCCCUUUUG